AUGAACAACAUCAAUUCGCGUCAGAUCCGAAGCUCGGACGAAGAAGCUCCGCUUCUCGGUGGUAGCGCGGGACGGCGCUCGGAUUCCUCUCGGCUGGGGUCACGCCUGUCCACCCACCUGAACGCGAAUGUGAGCAAGAACUGGGCGGACCUGGUCCUGCUUGGGUGCUACGUUAUCACGGGUCUACUCGAUAGUUCCGCGGUAUCUAUCUGGGGCUCCUUUGUGAGCAUGCAAACUGGAAACACUGUUUAUCUCGGACUGGGAUUGAUUGCACCAAACGAGAGUGUUCGCUGGAUUAAGGCUUUGACCUCCAUAGCAUUUUUCUGUCUGGGGUCUUUCUUCUUUGCUCGAUUUCACCGGUAUUUUGGGUCCGCCAAACGCUGGGUCCUCGUUGCUUCAUACGGCCUUCAACUUGCCUGCAUAGUACUUGCUGCCAUCAUCGUCACGGUUGAUGCUAAGACCGAAGGGCUCCACUGGCAAGUACUUGUGCCACUCGGCGCUGUCGCUUUCCAGUCCAGUGGACAGGCCGUCACGUCCAGAGUUUUGAAAUACAACGGGUUGACGAGUGUGGUCUUGACGAGCAACUACUGCGACCUUUUUUCGGAUCCCAAGAUCUGGAGCCUUUCCAAUAUCGAAAGAAAUCGACGAGUAGCGGCACCAGUAUUGCUCUUGGUUGGAGCAAUGGGAGGUGGGCUGUUUGCGCAUAGCAAUAUUGGCAUGGAAGGUGCGCUUUGGACGGCUGCCGGGUUAAAAGCGGUGGCAGUGGCUGCUUGGAUAUUAUGGAAGCCUGAGGGCCAAGGGGAGUGA